AUGGUUUGCGGUGGUCAAAUACAUCGCCACGAAUGCCCCGAACUCUUCGUGAAAGUGCGCUGCACCGGCGCGGACGCAACGCUCUCGGCAUGCAGCGAGAAACUGAACAUUUCUGGACCAGUGGCGUUCAAAACUAAAACGUUUCUGGUUUCUCCUUCAAAAAAACUGUUUCUUUCGGACUCGCUGAACUCUCGACAAGAGCCCAUCAUGUCCUGGCAGCAAUACGUUGACACUUAUUUAAUAGGUUCUGGGAAGUGUGCGGAAGGAGCGAUCAUAUCGGCUGGUGGAGACGGUGGAAUCUGGGCACGGUCCCCGGGACUGCGGGUCACACCGGACGAAGUCAGCAAACUGUUACGAGCGUUUGUGGACCCAGGCGAUGCAGCAACUUCGGGGAUCCGUGUGGGCGGACGCAAGUACAUGUUCUUGAGGAGUGAUGGAGACGCGGUCUACGCAAAAGAGCGUGAUGAUGGACUGGUUGCGAUGCGAACGCGCACGGCGCUCGUGCUGGCGCUUUACAGCAAAGGAACCGUUCCCGGUGAGUGUGCAACAGCUGUAGGUCGUGUUGCGGACUAUUUGCGUCAGCACGGUUAUUAA